AUGGAUACAGAAUUUGGGAUGGAAACAGAAUUUGGGAUGGAAAUUGAAUUUGGGAUGGAAAUUGAAUUUGGGAAGGAAGCAGAAUUUGGGAUGGAAACAGAAUUUGGGAUGGAAAUUGAAUUUGGGAUGGCAAAAAAAUUUGGGAUGGAAACAGAAUUUGGGGUAGAAACAGAAUUUGGGAUGGAAAUUGAAUUUGGGAUGGAAACAGAAUUUGGGAAGGAAACAGAAUUUGGGAUGGAAACUGAAUUUGGGAUGGAAACAGAAUUUGGGAUGGAAACGGAAUUUGGGAAGGAAACAGAAUUUAGGAUAGAAACUGAAUUUGGGAUGGAAAAAAAAUUUGGAAGGGAACAGAAUUUGGAAAGGAAACAGAAUUUUGGAAGGAACAGAAUGGAAACUGAAUUUUGGAGGGAAACGGAAUUUGGAAUAGAAACAGAAUUUGGGAAGGAAACAGAAUUUGGGAUGGAAACAGAAUUUGGGAUGGAAAAAGAAUUUGGGAAGGAAACUGAAUUUGGGAAGGAAACAGAAUUUGGAAAGGAAACAGAAUUUUUGAAGGAACAGAAUGGAAACUGA